AUGCGCGCUGUGGCGCUGCUCGCCGCGCUGGCCGCGCUCGCAGGGUGCCGCCUUGCUGCCGCCGCCUCCUCGACCAACGCCACGGAGCCGGAGCGGCGCGGAGGGCCCGGCCCGCGGGAGCCCCUGGCCCGCGAGGGCGAGGCGGUUUCGAGCUCCGACUACGAGGAGGAUGAGGAGGAGUAUGAAGAGGCGGUGCCCGUCCACCAGUACCUCGUGGACGACUUGAUCCGCGUUGAACCUGUGGUUAAGCCCAAGCCAACAAAGAGGGGGAGUGAGAAGAAUGCUGGCAAAUCAAGAAGGAAGAAAAACAAAGGGAAAAACAAAAAGAAAGGGACUCCCUGUGAAAUGGAAUACAAAAACUUUUGCAUCCAUGGUGAAUGCAUAUACCUAGAACAUCUCCAAAUGGUGACCUGCAAGUGUCAUCAGGAUUUUUUUGGUGAGCGCUGUGGUGAACAGUUCAUGAAGACUCAAAGGAAGAAUGAUGUGGCAGACUACUCGAAGACUGUAUUGGUGGUGGUAGCUGUUCUGCUUUCAGGCAUCAGCUUCAUUACUGUACUUAUCAUUGUAAUAGUGCAGGUCAGGAAAAAGUGUCCUCAGUAUGAAGAAAAAGAAGAAAGGAAAAAGCUUCGACAAGAAAACAGAAAUGGCCACAUUGGUGUGUAAAUGAGGAAAAAGCAGAACAAUUCUAAUGUGGCCACUGCCAAACUACAGGGUACCUCUGGCUACCUGACAUCCACCU